CUAACCCGCCAAAUCGUCGAAACACGAUUACUUCAUUCGAUUCUUCUGAAAGGACUGUGGGCUCAAUCGUCAAUUACGGUAUGUGCGCAGAUGACAAAUAUACUCAUGGUCAACGGAGUAUCACGUGUUUAGCCAGUGGAGAGUGGUCAUCGUAUGACUAUGCAUGCUGCGAUUGUGAUACAAGCUUUACCGUUACUGGUGAUUGUGAGUGCUUCAAAAUCAGAGGUCCUAAGAAAACAUACCCAGAUGCAAUAGACCUGUGUUUUGAUAAUAAAGAACAAGUUGCCGUGAUUGGUUCGGCCGAGCAGCUACAAAGUUUGUCAGGAAUUGCAACUUCCGAAAUCAUCAGGAUUGCCGGGAAAUAUUCAAAUAGCAAGUGGAUAUUUGACGACACUGUUUUAGACUGGAUCGAUAAUCUACCUAAUCAUCUCAAAGCUUUUUCAUCAGAUCCUGCAUCACUGGCAUUCCAAAUGAUAGGUAAUAAAGUAGCUUUGGUGGACAUAAGCUAUGGUGAAAAGAAAGAUGUUCUUUGCCAGAAACCAUGAAUAACAUUAAGGUUCGUGAAUUGCUAUGACACGAUCCUUUACAUGUGGUGUUUACAAUCCUUGGCUCUCGGAGUGGCAUCGUCAGUAAUAAAGGGAGAUAAGCUAACAAUAACUUACCAUAUUCCAAGACGAUUUUGUUACAAUAUUGACCUUGACAUUGUACCAAAGUUAAGGAUUAACUAUUGUGUUGUACCAAUUUCUUGGCUAUUUUGACACUUACCUGUUCUGUUGUUGUUGUUUUAAAUGAAAUGUGUUCUACAAGUAAGUUCCAUUCCAUACACGUUACUGUAGCAAGUCACAACAAGCUUUACUUGUAAUCGGGACUGAUGUCCCCUGGACUACCCUUGUAGUCAAAAUGACGUAAUACCCAAGUACGUACUCAUUUGGAGCAAAAUCAGAAAAA